UUAAAUUACAAGUGUGACCAAGUGGCGCAAACGCUCAAAAGCUGACUGCUUGGAUUAUAGGCUGAUAUAAAUUCCAAGUGAAGAUGAAAAAAGUUUACCAGCGCGGCCUUACCCGUUUGGGUGUUGCCGGAUCGGAGCAAAGAGCAUGCGUGAGGUCCCAGUGCUGCUCAGCUUCUAUCCAUUUCAUUUAUGGAAGCUUUCGCGAUCUGAUUUGCCUGCACUUUUUACGACGUACGACCUACGACAUUCGUAGGUGCAUACAUGACCGACAUCGUCUUCGCACCUGCUCCAUACUUUACUUCAUCGGCUUUGACCGGCAGGUAGCCCUUUCCGGUGGCCAAGAAUACCUCUUGCGUGCCGCGUGCCCGCUCCCAUUGCCUAUCAGGGACUUAACCGUUGGGUUUGGCCACUGCCAAAGCUCUCUUCUCCGCCUUUCCAUUCCGCUUGCCGUAGGUACCUCAUCAGCGGGUGAUUCCGCCGUAGAUAGUCCUCUCGGAAGGUGCAAGGGAUGUGCGUCUGGCUGGAAUUUGGCAGACACCGGCUGUGCUGCGGGCCAUAGCUAUGCUGUAUCGCUAAGUCUACAAUGUGGCGUCCAGUCCGCUGCAGGGACAUAAUGUCAGCAGCC